AUGCGGCAGGACCUACGGGUGCAAAACAUUGCGGAUAGUUUCGCUGUCAACGUGUACGAGCUGCACGCGCGGCUUUGCCUGGAGAUUGGGGAUGUUGGGGAAUUUAAUCAAUGCCAGGCCGCGCUUAAACGACUUUAUUUGUCAGACUCGGUGCGUAAGUCGGAAUGCAAUAUACCCGAGUUUUUCUGUUAUCGGCUUGCCUAUUUAUCUCUCAGCCAGCAGCACGACGCCCUUUCGACGGAGCUUAUCAAUUACACAAAUGCGCAAAUAAGGGCGUCGUCCAGCAAACCUGAGACGGAGGAACUGAUGUCUAGUCGUGACGUUCAACACACAUUGAGGCUUUGCGAGGCAUGCGAUGAGGGCGACUGUAGUGCCAUCAGCCGUUAUUUGGCGUACUUCCCGAGGGAGAUGGGCUUUUUGAUUCGAAUUUACUUGCCACGCCUGCGUGUUCGCUGGCUUCGCGAAAUUUUGUGUGGACUCAGGGGGCUAGUAUCGAUUCGCUUCUUGAUGUCUAACCUUGGCUUCACCCCUCAUCGUUUGUGUAGUAAAAAUGUUAAACCUAACGGGAACAACGCAGCCGAUGUAUGCUUUUGGAUUGAUGAUAGCAAGGAGCAGGCUAAAAAAGCUUUUUCAGAACUUUUUGAAACGCUAAAGGUCGUGAUUCCCGCUAAUUUUUCAUUCGAAAAGGAGAUCGAACGCGAGGGUGCACGGGGGUACUACGGGGCUAGCCGAAACUCAGCAGCCGGAGUAGCUCCUUCGCUUGAUGCGGCGGAGGUGCGGCAGCUGGUAGAGCAGCACAUAACUUAUCUGAGCACUCGAAAAGAUGCCAAUAUAUAA